AUGGCAAACACAAUAAAAAUACUUGAGAAGAAGCAGAACCCACUUCUGGAUAGAAUGGAGUUAUCUUUAUCCGUCUACCACCCAUCUAGCGGAACCCCAAACAAGAAGGAUAUCUCCAAGAUGCUGAGCGAGCAAUUGAACGCAUCUACAGAUAACAUCAUUGUAAAGGAUUGCUUCACACGAUUUGGUACACAUGUCUCAACUGCAGCAGCCAAGAUAUACAACAAGAAGUCCAGCCUGGAGAAAAUAGAGCACAAGUUUGUCCUUAACAGAAUUCUCAAGGAGAAGGAAGGAAAAGAGGUAACAAAACUUCCAAGAAAGCUGAGAAAGGAGGAGAAGAACAAGAAGAAGAAGAUCAGAGGAACUAUUGCAGCUCUCCAGAAGAAGGUGGAGAAGAGACAGCAGAAGAAAUAG